AGGCCCAUUCAGCGGCCACUGGGCCCACCGCACGCACAAUUUUGAAUUUUAAAAUUGCUCACCUUCACAUUUUGCUUUAUUUCCAAGUCUCCUUUGCCGCUCCUUCCUUCCUCCUUCGUCGUCUGAGACUCUGAAUUCGAAUUUCUCAGAGUCGCUGUUGGUAUUGGCGUAUUGGAAAUCCUAAAUUCUGUUGAGGGCCCAAAGAGGGUAGCUCAUUCAAAUGGAGCAGUACGAAAUUCUGGAGCAGAUUGGAAAGGGUUCAUUUGGUUCUGCCUUCCUUGUGAGACAUAAACACGAAAACAAGAAGUAUGUCUUAAAAAAAAUUCGUCUUGCUCGGCAAACGGAUAGGAGCCGCAGAUCAGCCUACCUGGAGAAGGAGCUUAUUUCAAAAGUACAUAAUCCAUUUAUAGUGGAGUACAAGGAUUCUUGGGUAGAAAAGGGUUGUUAUGUGUGCAUUGUCAUAGGAUACUGCGAAGGAGGAGAUAUGGCAGCAUCUACUAAGAGAGCCAAUGGAAUUCAUUUUCCUGAAGAGAAACUUUGUAAGUGGCUAGUUCAACUCUUGAUGGCACUUGAGUACUUGCACGAAAACCAUAUUCUUCAUCGGGAUGUCAAGUGUUCAAAUAUAUUUUUGACAAAAGAUCAAGACAUACGGCUAGGUGAUUUUGGUCUGGCCAAAAUGCUCACUUCGGAUGAUCUUGCUUCCUCUGUUGUUGGAACUCCAAGUUAUAUGUGUCCCGAGCUUCUUGCUGAUAUACCAUAUGGUUCCAAGUCAGAUAUUUGGUCUUUAGGAUGCUGUAUAUAUGAAAUGGCUGCUCACACUCCUGCAUUUAAAGCCUUUGAUAUACGAGCGCUGAUUAACAAAAUAAAUAAGUCCAUUGUGGCUCCUCUUCCAACCAUGUACUCUGGUGCAUUUCGAGGGCUUGUUAAAAGCAUGUUGCGGAAAAAUCCUGAACUAAGACCAAGCGCUGCGGAUUUGUUAGGCCAUCCUCACCUUCAAACUUAUGUUCUUAAGAUUCAUCUAAAGUUGAAUAGGCCUAGAAGAAAUUCUUACCCAGUUGAAUGGACUGAUUGUAACUACAUCAAGAAAACUAAAAUCUUUGAGGCUGAAUUUUACGAGAGGGACAAAAGACAUUCAUUCAGGAAUGACCGGACUUUGAAUCCAAGUGUAUCAGGAACUGAAGAGGACUCGUCGUGUUCCACACAAAGAGGACUUGAAUCUCCAAGUUAUUUGAAUCAGAAGUUUGUGGGAUUAUCUGUUGGCUUAGUAUAUGACGAGAUUGGUACUGAGCCAAAUGCUAAAAGAUUUUCAAGCGUUGCAAGAACACCAAAAUGUACACCGGCAAAAGUAUCUACAAAUCCAAAGAGACAGGGCACACCAUCAAAGCUUCCAGAGUCACAUACUCCUGCAAGCAGAUCUUCCAACCUGACGCGAAGGGUGUCUCUUCCAUUUACGUCAGGAACUGCAGCCUUAGGCACCCCGUAUAAAUCAAAUGUUGGCCUUCUUCACUCAGUGGAAUCAUCAGAUAUCUCUGUCAAUGCCCCACAAAUUGCCAAGAUUGCUGAAUUCCCUUUAGCCUCUUCAGAAGACCCCCUUCAUCCUGUCAGUGGAAUAUCAUCAACUUCAGUGCAAUGUUCUUCCACACCUGACUAUGCUAACCGCACCAUCACAAAAGACAAAUGCACAAUCCAGAUUCUUGACAGAGUUGUUACCAGGCCAAACUUCAAUGAUGGUAGCCACGGAGUAACAAGAAAUGGAAACAAACGCUCGGAGCGUAAUCCAACUACAGUUAUUUCAAGUUAUUCUUCAUCCGAGCCACAACAGCGGCGGUUCGAUACCUCAUCGCAUCAGCAACGUGCUGAGGCACUAGAAGGUUUGCUGGAGUUCAGUGCGGUUCUCUUACAGCAAGAAAGGUUUGAAGAGCUAGGGGUGUUGCUGAAGCCAUUUGGUCCUGAGAAAGUUUCUCCUAGAGAAACUGCUAUUUGGUUGGCCAAGAGCUUUAAGGAAACUGCUUGUAGCUGAUAACAACAAUGCCUCAUUGUUGUCCCAAAUUGUAGGAAAUGUUCAUUCAGUCUUCAAACUCGAAGGCUAACUGAAUUCAGAUUCUAUUGUCAUUCACACUAUGAAUGAAGCUGCCAUUUUAUCACCCAACAGAUUUCUUCACUCAAUGUCAAUGAUGAUUUGGCUGGCUAA